UCUUCGAUCUAUUUGAGGAAGUUGUGUACGUUUUCUUCUAAAAUAGCUAAGAGAUUUUACGGCUUCUCUGGUCGGUUGAGAAGCGAAAUGUUUUUACAGAGGUUCAGUCCAACUACAGGAAGAAUGGAAUGGGUCAUGGAGGAUGAAUAUUACGACAUGAGGAAUGAAAUCGCGAGAUCGUCUUAUGCAGACAUGCUUCACGAUGACGAGAGGAACAAAAUGUACUAUCAGGCAACCAAAGACGCUGUCAAAAAUAUCAACGCUGCUGGGAAAAAAAUUCACAUGCUAGAUAUUGGAACAGGGACUGGACUUCUGGCCAUGAUGGCUGUGAGGAGUGGGGCAGAUGGGGCCACUGCUUGCGAGGCAUUUGAACCUAUUGCUAAAGUAGCUACUGAAAUAGUGAAAAAGAAUGGAUUUGGUGACAAAAUCUCAGUUAUUGGGAAACGCUCAACUGAAUUAUCAAUGGAAGAAGAUGGAAAUUGCCAAAGCAGAGCUAACUUACUAGUAACAGAACUUUGGGAUACAGAACUUAUUGGAGAAGGUGCACUACCAACUCUAAGGGAUGCUUGCAAUCGCUUACUGGAGCCAGGAUUUGUCAGUGUCCCAGCAGCAGCUACAAUUUAUGCUCAAGUUAUAGGAAGUGAUGCACUUUGGAGUAUGCACCAGUUAAAUCCACAGCAGAUGUUAGACAACCAAGAUAUUACCUUACCUGCUGAUAUGAAAGAUUGUCGUGGGACUGCAAGUGGUUUUGAUCUACAUGUUGAUGAGCUUUCUGAUGAAGAAAUUCAUAUUUUUACAUCACCUGUUCCAAUUGUUAGGGUUGAAUUCUGUAGUGGAUGUCAGUCAAAGAAUACCCACUGCACCAACAGAGUGUCAAUACCAGAGACCAAAGACAAAGUUGACAGUGAUAAAACAGUGUCUCAUUAUCAUGUUGAGGCUUCAGUCACCCAGACAGGUCCUGUACAUGGAGUGGUCAUGUGGUGGUCUUUAGAUAUGGACAUGAAUGGUGAAAUUAUCUUGUCAACUGCUCCACGCUGGGUACACCCUGAUGGCCACAAAAGACAGUGGAGAGAUCAUUGGAUGCAGGCUGUCUAUUUCUUAAAGACACCGUUGGCCAUGCAAGAAGGUGACAAAAUAAAUGUUCACUGUUACCAUGAUGACUACAGCAUUUGGUUCGAUGUCACACCAGUGAAUAGAAUUGUAACAACAGUUGAUCGUCCACUCUGCACGUGUGGUGCCCAUGUCACCUGGAGUCGUCACAGAUUUGCUAUGUUGAAUGACAGGCAAAGAUCACAGGCUUUUAAAGAGGCAUUGAGACAGUUGGUUGCAGAGGGUCAUUCUAGAUGUUUGUGUAUCAGUGAUGGGUCACUGCUUCCUGUCAUGGCAGCUAAACUCGGUUUUGAGAAGGUCAUUACAGUAGAGUCAUCAGUAUUAUUUCAAAAGCUUCUAAAGAAGAUUAUGGAUUUAAAUGGAAUAGCUGACAAAAUAGAGAUUCUUAGUCAAGAAGAGUCAGAUCUGCAGAUUAGGGACUUAUCAACUGUCCAGGUUGAUGUUAUUAUAGGUGAGCCGUUUUUUACAAGUUGCCUGUUUCCGUGGCACAAUCUAUAUUUCUGGUACGCGGCAGCCAGUGCCGCUAGAGUAAGCAAACCAGCAGUCAAGAUAUUACCUAAGGGUGCAACUUUGAAGGCAAUAGCAGUGGAGUUUGAUGACCUUUGGAAAUUUCAUGCCCCUGUGAAUAUCGUGGAAGGAUUUGAUAUCUCACUGUUUGACGAACUAAUAGAGGGAUCAAAACUUACAAAUGAAGAAAUCAACAGUGAAAGUAGUGAUGGGAUAGCACUGGAGCCUCAUCACUUGUGGGAGUAUCCGUGCCAUCCUCUAACUCAGGAAUUCACCCUAAUGGAAUUUGACUUCACUUCAAAUAUACCAAGCCAGAAAAUGGCAAGCAAAGGAGAGGCGAAACUUACGAGGCCUGGUACUUUUCAUGGUGUAGCAAUCUGGAUGGACUUCCACCUCAGUGAUAAAUUAACCGUUACUACAGGAUUACAACAGAAACAAGAUGGUGCAGAAGAGAUGUCCAAAUUAAACUGGGUUCGCCACACAAAGCAAGGAGUAUACUUUGUGAAGUCGCCAACUAAGAUUCACGAUUUAACUCUUGCAAAUGAAAACACUUCUUGUAUGAGCUAUGAUGUCAGUUUUGAACCAAGCACGGGAGAAAUAGAUUUUAACUUUCAGUUACAGACAAGCUAACGAAGGAAUAACGUUACAGGCGUAGAAAAAGUCUCUCAAAAGCGUCUAUCUUGUUGGAGUUCUUGGAAAGACAGUACUGCAAGACAGUUCUUGUUAUGUUAGGGUUUGGGCAGCCCAUUUUCAUCAAGAAGGCUAUGUUCUUCGCCCAGUUCACUUGGGCCACUGCCAACCUAAGAGAGAAAUAUCACUAAAUAAUAAUAAUUCAUUACUGUCACACUGAGUUACAAAACACACACUUUCGCGACACGGGAGAGUUCAUAUGCUUAUGCACUUAGAGCACGAUUUCUCCCUUUGUAUUCGCUUGUGUUCGGGGCUUUCACUAAAAUUGAAAGUUUGUCACCAAACAUUGCUUAUAGCUGAUCUGUGACGAGAUACUGUUUUUAAUGAAAAAACGUGGAGUUGUAACCAAUUCCUUUACGCGGAGAGAAAUGAGAAAGCAACAGGCAAACUUUGGCUUCCUAGGAGUGUGCCGCGCCGUGCUAUCAGAAUGGUUCAGUUUGUCAAAGAUGAAGAACAAAGGAUUACAUGCUCACCUUUGUUGAAAUAACGUACUUUACAGCUCCUGGAGAUGGUUCAAUAGUAAUCGACUUCAAAAGAUUCUGCAAACCGAAAAAAAAAUUUGUGAGCUUAACCCUGGAUUAAAACUCGAGGGAUGUUUACCUUAAGUGGGAGUUUGUGAUAUCAGGAGCAUGUAAUCUCUGUGCUACCCUUCACACGACAAAUACAUCACACCUUGUUUAAAUCAGUUUGAGAUUUUACUUCCAUUCCUUGAAUAAAUCUAUAAAUGGAAAAAUAGAUGUUAGAAAACGCACGCAAAGGUUGAAAACCAAACACUGUGAGAACAGGGCGACCAAACUGCAACUACGCGUGUUCCACGAAGCGCCAAACUUCGCAGCAUCAGUUGGAAAUCCACUGACCUUAGUGGGGUGCGGCGGAUUAAGUAUUCCCUGGUUGGAAAAACCUUGGUGUGCAACUCGUGAAGGCACUUUUUUUUCAAAAAGAAUCUCCUCGCCAGGGCAGCGCGGAAAAUGUGUUGCAAGGACACCGGACAAAUACGCCUAAGAGUAACGAUGAUGGACAAGCAACUCGUCAGCCUCGUUCCAAAGCUCUCGGUCAGUUUUCAGGAUAAAAUACCUCUCAACCUUAAAAAUCAACCGCCAUCUUGGAAAAACAAUUGGACCGAGAAACACCUGGGGCUGAGGUUAGCAUCUCAAAUGGAGAGAGAGUGCGAACAGAAAAAUCACUAAUGAAAUACUCCCAAGCUCCGCUUUGCAAAGUAAGACGUAACAAGCUCAGAACUGUUAUUCCAGAUGGCUAAUUUAUCGUUUUCUCUGUCACUCAUCUGGUUUACUUACCCUCUGUCGGUUUCUGGAGGAAAGAAGUGUCUAAUAAGCGACGAAAUUUCUGCAAUAUCUUUUUCCAUUACAAACAAGAACGCGUUGGGUCCGGCAUCAAAUGUGUAGGCAACCUAAUGACGCGGAGAAUACAACAGAGUCCGUCAAUAGUACUUGGUGUGGUUUGAUCCGUGCUUCACUAAAUCAGACCUUGUAUCUGCUUCUGUUCAGAGAUGCAAUCUGAAGUUUUCCAGUUAAACAGCCUAGUUAUUUUAUUUUAGUCUGAAACCAAAGGAUUUCGAUACGAGGCAGUUUGAGAAUGUGGUGAAAGACUCUCGGGAUAGAUUUAGAGCCACGCCCACCGCAAACACGAUUGGCCAAUUCUAAUUGCUAUGCAGAUAAAAGGACAAAAGAGCAAAUAUUGCGUGCACGGUAGAAGGCACACCGCGUGAGUUCGAUUGACGUUAACGCAAAAGGAGUUUAAGGUGAUUCUUAUAAUCUCUGAUGUGCGGUUAUGUUUUCUACGCAGUAGGAUUCAAAGAGACCUAAAUAGUCCUUCAAGUAAAACACAAAAACGUCUCAAGCAGCAACACUUGUAGAAUGCAAAAAUGGAAAAUUGAUCACACGCUAACCAAAAGUUUUAUUACCUUAAGUUGACCACAGAAGUUGUUGUACAGGGUGACCAGCUGAACUAUACUGUGUGAGGUCUGAUUCAUGUAUGGUGGUGCGAUGGGAGGGUAGGUGUCCUGGCACACUGCAUGCAGCUGAUUGCUUUCCUACACAAGAACAAAAUUAUGCCUUGAAACGUUCUCGUAGACUGAACACAUUCCACAUGUGAGCACUAAUUAACCAACUAUGUUGAAACGUUCACAUUCAACGCAGAAUUCCGCGGAGGUUUCUCUCUUAGUAUGCAAUGGAAAAGUCCCGCAACGCCACGAUGGUAGAGAGAGUAAUUUGGUAUUAUCAACAGAGUUUAUAACGUAAAUUGGCCACCGUUAAGAGUUUAAAAGCUGACGUUUCGAGCGUUAGCCCCUCGUCAGAGAGAUUGGAUUGGAUUUAAAUGUCAGCUUUUUAACUCUUUACGGUGGCCAAUUUACGUUAUCAACUCAGUUGAUAAUACUAAAUUACCCUGUUAUACUCUCCCACCGACGCAGCACCACAGUUUCUUUAGAAACUUACCACCUUUAUUCAGGUAGUAAUGAGAGCUCUUUUCCCAUCGCGUGACACAGCAAAGAAUAACCGAAAAAGAAUUUAAACAAUCAGAACAAAAACUAUUACCUUCAUUGUAGUUUCUGCAAAUGUCUCAAAAUCUCUCUCCGAGAUUGCUUUCUUCAUUAUCUUCAUUCUCUCAGGAACACAAAACUCAGAUCUAAACUGGUAAAGAGCCCAAAAUGUGUAAACGUGUUGGUAUACGUCAAAUGGUUGCAAAACCACCACAGUGGUACUAAACUGUGGCUUUCGUGAGGCUAAAAUGACAUCUACGACCUCCAAGAUGAGAUCCUCGUUGAUUUGGGGCCUUUAUACGAAUUCUCUUUUCUAACUGCUGUACACCGUUCAUUGAAAAGGCAAACGUUACACAAAUGUUGGCUAUACCCCAACUGAGGCGUGAAAACUUGUCAGGGCGUACCUUAAGUAAAUCACUGGUUUCUACACUUCUUUUCAUUCCAUCAGUACUACUUGUGCCUUUUUUGUGUUCAUUGACCUAGAAGUGAGACAAGGAUGUAUAUCAGUUGCGCCAAGUAGCUUCUUUUUCUGCUCUCUAAUAAGAAUGUGUUACGUUCCUUUAACAUCUCAGGUUGGUGUCAAACAAAGACUGAUAUCCUAAGGCAAAAAGCUGAAGUGUAUAUUUAAAUAGCACAAGAAGACGAUGGACGCUUAAGGAUCCAAAAUUCCUGUGGAGGCAAAAAGCAAUGUCUGAAAUCUGUAAAGAGCGCAAAAAAUUCUUGGAUCCAUUUUAUUUUGUUCGAGAAUAUGAUGACUGACCUCAAGUGCAGUUUAGCUCGUUUUGCCAAUAAGUAUGAGGUACUUAGUAAUCAAUAAUCCUCGUUUAGGGAAUUGUAUCAUUGAUUUUCAACUAUCGUAAUGUAGUGUCAAAUUGUCUCUCUGUCAAUGGUCUUACCACCAGAAUAAGCACCCUUAGACCUGGCCAAUGAUCUUCGGUAGCAAUCUGAGAAACAAAACCAAGAUUUUCUAUAUAUUUCUGGAACUUUAAAUACUGAAGUUCAUGCUUGACCUUGAGCGUGUCAUUGUGCCAUUAUUAAAACGUUUUUGCUUAGCCUGUUGUGUAUAUCAAUACCGGUGAUUUCUACAAGGU